GUCAACAAAGCAAAUACCGAUUUUAAUAAUAAUAAAUAUAAAAAACUACUUAAUAGUGUGUGAAUAACGGUAUUUAGUAGCAUAUUGUUAAAAUGAGUGCUAUAUUCAAUUUCCAAAGCUUAUUGUCCGUGAUACUGCUGCUCAUUUGUACUUGUGCAUACUUGAGAUCAUUCUUUCCAAGUAUAAUGGACCGAAAUAAGACAGGAUUACUCGGAACAUUUUGGAAGUGUGCAAGAAUUGGUGAAAGAAAAUCUCCAUAUGUGGCUGUAUGCUGCAUUGUGAUGGCAUUCAGUAUACUAUUCCUGACAUAAAAUCCACAUUAUAAGUUGCAUUUUUAUAAACAGUACAUUUAAUCCACAUAUUUUUAUAAACUGUAAAUAUUUUAAACAUU